ACGGACAACAGCAGCCCCUGCUUGGCCUUCGCGAUGCAGCGGGCCAGUCUUUACAAGCAACAUCUCCCCUUCACUCAUGGAGGCCAUUUCUGGCGCGACCAAUAUCUUCUUGAGCGGUGGGCUGGGUGUGUCCAGCCCGUGGUAUACUUGAACGACUUUUGCCAUAAAUAUAAGCUGCUUCGAAGACUAGGAGAUUGGAGUUGGUUAACAAAGGAUCCAGUCACUAACAAAUACUUGACUCUGAAAUUCAUAUCUCGGCCAAGCCGUCGUGAACUGACCAUCUGUCAGUUUGUGAAGGAACAUUGCUUCAGUCCAAACGUAUCUACCAUCACAGAUUCCUUUACAAUCCCGCAUCACUUAUCCAAAGGAGGUCGCAACACCCCGAGCAUCCUGUUUGAUGCUAUCGUCUACCCAACGACGGGCGUAGACCUUCGGCGAGUUUCUACACCAUGCGAGCACCCCCAAAGCCCUGCCCCGUUGAGCAUCGAUAGACGUAUGCAAUGUGUACGCCACCUCAUACGAGGUAUUGCUGAUUUGCAUCGUGCUAGAAUCGUGCACGGGGACAUCCACCCAGGAAACGUUGUUCUUCCGCCGCCUCUCGAUUCAGAUAUCGAGCGCCUACUGGAACAGGAGCCUCUUGAGCAUCGAAUUUGCCGGAAAGACGGAGCUCCAACUUCACGUCUCCUCCCCGAACGAGUGACCGAGCCUGUUGAUAUUGGUUAUGGUGUAGGACAAGUCCAAAUCAUCGAUCUCGGGUACGCCUUUCAGCCCAGUGAAGGUGCUGCCUUCACUAGGAGGGAUUUUCCACGCGGGACCCCUUUACCGCCGGAACUAAUUGGAAAAAACGCCAGCACUGUCUUGCCCUUCCUGGUUGACAGUUGGCAAUUAGGCUUGACGCUCUAUUUUAUCUUGACAGAUGGGUUCUCGAUCAUGGAGGGAGGAUGUCACAAAAGUGAUGAGCAAGUUCGAUCCCAUUACUCUGACCAAAUCGCUCAGCUGAGACAUGGGAAAGAUGAAGGGCUGGAACAGUUACCAGUGAGCAUUCGUCCAAACCUAACGACGAUACUACUUUUACUUCUGUGCCAUGAUCCGGCUCAAAGGUUGUCUGUGGAGAAACUUAGUCAAAAUGCCUGGCUCAUGGAGGAGGCUAAUUCAAGGUUUGAAUAGCCAUGCUGCUUCAUUCAUCAGCUGAUGGCAGCUCCACUGCCAAGUAGAAAGCGGCAUCUUCCAAAUACACAAAGAAACAUCCCUCCUUG